AAUAUUUUACAUAUUAUACGGUGGCAACUAUUUUAAGUGAAUAAAAUAUAAACUAAUGAUAUAAAUCAUAAUUGAAAAAUGUACACUGUCCGACUAAUUCCAUGAAAAUUAAAUCAAAAAUAAUUUCCUUGAGUUACGCAAGUUUCUGUAUAAAGUAACAUUGGCAAAAGAGUAAACUGUGUAAAAAUUAUACCUUCCCAUAAUGUCGCAAGCAGUUGCAGACAAAACAGAUCCAGGAAACACAUCAUCCGAGUCCGCGGAACCAACAAUAAGGCCAGAUGAAAAGUGGCUGAUAAGAGAUUGUGAAGUGUACAAAGAUGAGUACAAAGAAUGUACAAGUUUCCGGGGCAGAUUCCAUCAGUAUUUUAUAUUCGGUGAACUACUAGAUUGCAAACAAUGGAAAAGAGACUAUGACAAUUGCUGCAAAUGGGAGAAUAGUAAAGACGUAAAAGCUGCGGUAGCUGUAAUAGAAAGCGAAAAACAACGACGUUUGGAGAGGUUGAGGGCUCACUAUAGAAAUGAUACAUGGAAGAAACGCGAUGCACCACCCGCUGACUGGGACAAGCCAUUGCCUGAGUGGAUGGCCAAGAGAGAUGAAAAUACUUAUCUUGCGCUUAAAGCCAAAGAAAUGAGAGAGGGGAAAACGGAAGAAACUAGUGAUAGUUUAUGUACAAUAAUGUGACAAAAAAAUGGUUUUAGUUAGCAAAAUAUUAGGCAAUUCCUAUUCUACAGCAGUACAAUGGUUAUUUUAAGUAAAAUUAUUUAUUACGAA